AUGUCGACCACACGCGCAACAACAUUUUGGACGCGGGAAAUCCGCAGGGUCCGGAUCUGCGGCCUUCAGCGGUCUUUCACCCAACGCGCAUCUAUCUCGACCACGUCGCAGAAGCCCAUCAGCUGCAAUGCUGCUUCGAAGCCCGUCUCGUUGGCAUCUACGCCACGGUCACAAACCCCAAAUUCGCAAUUGCGAUUCACAUUGCCCGUGCGCUCUUACUCUCAGGGAUCUACUGUCUCCCGCCUCGCCAGGAGUGCCGUGUCCCCAGGAGCGUCGGCCGAAACCUAUAUUGCAUACGGAAUGACACAGAAGCUUUUCGAGGCUUGCUCAAGCCAGGCAGACUAUACAAUUCCUCAAGCGUCGCAAAAAGAUAUGCCCGUGCCCACCACCGAAGCGGGUGAACAUCUUGGUGUUGGUGACAGUUGGUGGUAUCGAGAGCUCGGCCUUGUCCCGACGUUUUCAACCUGGUCGCAAAUCACAUUCCUCCACAUGUAUCUUUUGACCGUCCGAUUGCGUGCGCUUCCUACCCGUGAGAGCGUCCAGACUUACUCUCGCCACCUGAUCGAUCAUUUCUCGCACAAUGCAGAACACCGGAUGGAUGUCUUACACGACCUGGGAAGCCGAUCCAUUCGGAAUAAGUACCUAAAGGACCUCUUCAUCCAGUGGCGCGGAAUCAUUGCUGCAUACGAUGAGGGCCUGAUCAAGGGUGACGCCGUGUUGGGAGCUGCUGUCUGGAGGAACCUGUGGAAGGCGAGCUCCACGGGCCCUGAUGGUCAGGAGAUUGAUUGGACAAAAGUCGCGUGGGUGGUCGCUUACAUGCGACGAGUCCUCUCUCAGAUCUCAAAGAUGGACGAAGCCGAUUUGGUCUUCAGUCUGAGUACUGGGGAUGUGAAGAGCUCUGGCAUCUUCGGAUAUUCUGCGCUUGAUAAGCAAAUGGCCGAGGGGACCAAAUGA